UGCUCCACUCCUCUUUUAGCUCCGUGAACGAUGCAGUCUUCCCGCAACCCGCUCUCCGCUCUCAACGAGCCUCAGCCUCGCCUCUCGCCUCUGAAGAGAUUGGCUUUGAGCGAGAAGGAGAACACGCCCCCGUCACUCAACGCCACCCGGGUCCUUGCCCACAAAACGGCGCGGAAGAUCUUCCAGGAGCCUGCGGCUGCCGAGGCGAAGGAUGCAUCUAAAGGAGCAAAGCAACUUCCUCCAAACACUGUACAAGAUGAACCUCUGCUUCGGGAGAAUCCCCAUCGCUUUGUCAUCUUUCCCAUUCAGUUCCAUGACAUCUGGCAAAUGUACAAGAAGGCAGAAGCAUCCUUUUGGACAGCUGAAGAGGUGGAUCUCUCCAAAGACCUUCAGCACUGGGAAGCCUUAAAGCCUGAAGAGAAGUAUUUCAUUUCACAUAUCUUGGCAUUCUUUGCUGCAAGUGAUGGCAUUGUCAAUGAAAAUUUGGUGGAGCGAUUCAGCCAAGAAGUACAGGUUACAGAGGCUCGCUGUUUCUAUGGUUUCCAGAUUGCCAUGGAAAACAUCCACUCAGAAAUGUAUAGUUUACUUAUUGAUACUUAUAUUAAAGACCCUAAAGAAAGGGAAUUUCUGUUCAAUGCCAUUGAAACCCUUCCUUGCGUGAAAAAGAAAGCUGACUGGGCCAUGCGUUGGAUUGGGGACAAACAAGCCACUUACGGAGAACGAGUGGUAGCCUUUGCUGCAGUGGAAGGGAUCUUCUUUUCUGGAUCUUUUGCAUCUAUAUUUUGGCUGAAGAAACGAGGCUUAAUGCCUGGACUUACCUUUUCCAAUGAAUUGAUCAGUAGAGAUGAGGGCUUGCACUGUGAUUUUGCUUGUCUAAUGUUCAAACACUUGGUACAUAAACCUUCAGAGGAAAGAGUGAAACAGAUCAUCACUAAUGCUGUCAGGAUAGAACAGGAAUUCUUGACGGAAGCAUUGCCGGUAAACCUAAUUGGCAUGAAUUGCACUUUAAUGAAGCAGUAUAUUGAGUUUGUAGCAGACAGACUGAUACUGGAACUAGGUUUUAAAAAGAUAUUCAGAGCUGAGAAUCCGUUUGACUUCAUGGAGAAUAUCUCACUAGAAGGCAAAACUAACUUCUUUGAAAAGCGUGUUGGCGAAUAUCAGAGGAUGGGAGUGAUGUCAAAGCCCACAGAUAACUCUUUCACCUUAGACGCAGACUUCUAAAUGGGGCAAGACUGAUCUCAGCUAGCCUGAAAUGGCUAGCAGUUGGUUUCGUUAUCCUCAAAUUAUUGUUCUGAUGCUGUGUGGUGGUACUUUAACAACAUUCACGUAGCUAAAAGGGGCGAAAUGGUUUUCAGCACUAGUAAAUGAAUUUGUAUAAUACAUGAGCUUCUCACAUUUUCAGAUGGGGACCAGUGCUGGAAGACGCGUGUUCUGUUAUCUGGUAAUAGGCUACCAGUAGUUGUCCACAGCAAAACAAGUAGUGUGGGAUAAGCUGUAGAAGGCUGGUCCAACCUGGGGCCCUCCAGAUGUUUUGGAUUAGAACCACCACCAUCCCUCACCAUAGACUAUACUCAGGCGGGAGCUAGUGGCAGUUGUAAUCUAGAACAUAUGCUAGGCUGGGGAAGACUGCUCCGUAGAACACUGCAGAUUUUCAUGUCCUUGCAUGGGCUGCAGAAGCUAUAUAACCACGUUGCCUCUUAACAGGUUUGAAGCCUUUGAUGUUUUAAUAGUUUGUACAUAAACAUGGCACUUUAAAAGUCUGGCCUGUAAUUCUUGAAAAAGGCUGGUGACGUGAGUUUAGAAUAAACUCUUUUAGACUGCAUUACAUCUUUCUCUAUUAUGCUUUAUUUUAUCUGCAUGUAAAUUAAAAUGCUGAGGUGCUAAAAUGAAGACUUGGAUAUGUACGGCUUCUGUACAAAGUCUAUUCACAUACUUUGUCAGAAGUAACACUUGAAUAAAACCAGUUUUCAAACUGAUGGAUCAAAA